AUAGCUUCUGCUUCAUCCAAUUCUUUCCUGGAGAUUAAAAAACCAAAAAUUUGCAUAUGAAUUGCUGAAUCUGAAUCUAGGUUUCUCAAAAGGAUUAGGGCACUGCUUCAUUGAUAUGGUUGAGAAAUGUUAGUUGCGUAUCCUUCGGGAACUAUCGACAAAGUCCAAAUCUCUAUUAGCUGCAAUGUCGCUUUACGCAGAUUCAAGACUGCGCCUUUUGGUCCUCUGAUUAGUUGUUCUGUCUCUCCAAGAUCCAUAGUUCCUUGUAGGAAUGUGGACUGUUAUCUUUCAUCUUUUUCUCCAAAAGGUCAAAUUCAGCCUCGAAGGAGAUGGAUGUUUUGUAACUCACGCAACAACUCGAUUUCAUCGGAUGAUGAGUACCGUUCAUCACGCAACAUAGCUAUAAGUCUUUUAAGACGUUACAGGACCGUGAUUGGACGCGGUGAAGGCGAAACCUUAAAAGAAUUCAUAUCCGCUGGUGUUAAUGCAUAUGCGCUCGGUUGCACAGAUGAAGAUUUGAGAAAAGAACUAAUGGCUAUGAAAGAUUCGGGUUUAGAGAUUGAAAGAAUGGAGAGUUAUGGCGGAAGCACACAGACUAAAUCCAAAAUUUUGCUGUCCGAGGUAGAUGAAUGCAUAUUGUGGCUUAGGAUUGUAUUCAUCACGAUCUUGUGUACACCGCAACCAACAGUCAUAAGAUGGUCAUCGACUCCUUCGGUUUCCGAUGAAAUUCUAAGCAAAUGGAGAGGCUUUUGCGCGGUUAUAGCCAAUGCAUACUAUAUUAGAGGAAUGGCAUGGCUGCCGGUGAAGACUCUUCAGUUGGAGCAGAUGGCGGUGACAGGACAAGCGGAGGAGCCGUCGGUUGUGGCCAGCAGAAUGCGACUGGUCUUUAGCACUCUCGAGGUAGUGAGUCCUCAAUGGCCACGGGUUUAACUAUAAGGUAUCUUUGUUUUGUUCUUUGAAUCUUCUGUUCUUCAAGAUGUUUUUAUCGUUUCGUUAAUCCGAUAUUGUAAAGUGUUGAAGGUUUUUGUAGUUCAUAUUAGUUAAUCCUCAGAUUUACGAUACUGUAAAAAUAUAUCUAUCUCUCUAAACAUAAUGUUCUACAUGAUCUUAUACUGUGCGGAAUCACUUUAACAAAUACUGUAAUUCAAU